AAAAAUAGAUUGCCGCGCCAGAUGCUGGCGCGUCCGUCCGGCGACGAUGCCAUCGAGACAACCAUCCACGAGCUCGUCGCUGACCUCGUCCGACCCGCGCAUGGCAGCGACCAUCAUGAGCCCAUGCACGUAGCACCAGCGACUAUGGCCGUGGCGGUGCUGGCCUCGCUCACGCGGCUCGCAGCGGCCAACACCCGCCUCCGAACGGUGGUCGCCGAUGCGCUCAGCCCGCACUGGAUGGCCUUCGCCGCCUGUCUCUACGAUGCAACGACGUCGGUGCAUGCGCUUGUCUGCUUGGCAUCGUGCAUAGACAGCUCGCGCCGCCACCAGCGCCAAAUGACGCGCGCGAUUCCUGGCGUCGUCGUACAGGAUGCGACAGUGAUGCUGUACGCCGUGUGCGUGCCUGAGCGCGUCAAUACCGCGUACAAGCAAUGGCGGCGGCGACAAAAGGCGCUGCGGGGCCAUCGCGCACCGCAUGGCGUCCCACCCGACGCGUCGGGGGGCCCGGCGCCAUGCUACUGCAAUGCGUGCUUGGGCGUGCUCCAGCUCUUCCCAACCUGGCGCGCGCACUUCUACGACCUCGACUUGUGGCGUGUGGACGACGACGAUGACGUGAGGAUGACUCGCCCGCAGAAACCUCCGUCGCUCCGCGAGUACCUCGAGGUCGUCAUGGCGUUUCACGGCCGCCGAUUCGAACGUCAUUUGCUGCCACGGGACGCCGAGAACCCAAGUGCUGGCUGCGCUACCUUGUAUGCGCUACGCCUUCCGCGAAGCCAAGAGAGCGACAAGGUCGACGAAGAGAUUUGUGAUUUCGACGUGCGCGACGAAGAUGGCGUCCUCGAUCCUCGACGGGACAUUGUCGCACUCGUCGUUCACGAGGAAGUCGGUCUCGAACUACUGCAGCUACAGCACGACAGCGUGGAAGAGGCGACCAACGAGGUACAAACGCCGAUGACGACGAAUGACAGCCCAACAGUCGCUGCAGCUCCCGCGCCAAUGGUGGUUGUGCUGCAUGAAGUCAUGCGACGCGUGCCGGUGUGCCGUUAUGACGCGAGCCCAACGGUGGUCGAGCCCGUCUCGUCGCUCGUCGAGUACCUUCGAUCGCUCCACGCGCUCUUCCAAAGCUUGGACCCGAAUGGCGACGGGUCGAUCACGAAGCACGAGUUCAUGGACGCACUCACCGACCACGCGACGCUCCGUGCGCAGCUCGAAGCCUCGUACGGCGACCACGCGGACGGGUCGACGUUGGACGACGAUCGCCUCGAAAUGGUGUUUGCACUCAUUGGCGCUGGCCGCGACACACUAAUUUGGGACGACUUUGUCGCGUACUUUGGCGAUCCAACGCGCAUGGAGCGCGUCCAGCAGCCUGCAGUACGCGUCGAGGUGCAAGCCACGAUGGCGUUUCUGCUGCGCUGCCUCGCCGACGAUGUAACAUCCGACGAUUUCGUUGUCGAAGAUGUCGUCGACUGCCACAUGUGUUGGAUUACCGUCUUGGCCGAUGCGGACGCGCAAAAGCUGCGUCUCGAGGCAGUGCGCAAUGACGCUGGCGAGCAGCUGCGGUUCAGUGCCAGCGUGCCCCAAGCCGCGCUUUGCGUCCUUGACCCUUCACCGUUUGCGCUCCUCCACCUCACGGUCGAGUCGCUGGAGGAGCUCGUGGCGCGAACUGUCUUGUGCUACCACCCACCGCAUAUGUGCAUGGCAGCGCACGGCGCACGGGUCGCUUUGCGCGAGGUGCCGCAUACCGAGGCCAUCACGCUUCGUGCACCAGUCAAAAAACCCUCGCCGACGCCGAUCCCGGGCCUCUCGGCGUCCAUGGUGUCGGCGAUCGACCGGUGCAAGACCGCGCUCGAGACGCAGCUGCAAAACAUGGCCUGUCUGCAGCGUGAGAACGCGACGGAAUUCGCGGCGGCGACCACGACGCAGCUGCGGCAGUGGAUUGACCAGUGCAACGCGCGCAUGACGAGCCUCGCCCAGCCGAGUGCGUUCCCAAAGAGCACGCACGCGCUUCGGGCGGCGGCCCGCGAUCGGUGCCAGCAGAUCCGACGCGACUUCAUCGACUGCGCCCGCCGCAUUGCCAUGGUGGACGUGCAGCUCUGGAGCGCCGAAGCUUCAAUCGACCUUGUGCAAGCGACAGUUCUCACGCUUCACGACGUGCUUCACUGUAGUGCCGAUGUCCACUACUGGGAGCGUCGGGACGAGCGUAUCCCGAACCUCGGCCUCUCCAACAGCGUGUGGGCCAAUGGCUACCCCGACGCGCUCUAUCCGAAAGCAACCGAAGCCACGCGAGCAGGGCAAAAGAAGCGCAGCAACAAGCUGCGGCGUGCUGUGCAGGCGGCACGAAGCGUCCACCACCAAGUCGUAAGCUAGUAGAAGCACUCGGCACAUGUAUCGUAGGAAGAUGGAGCCAAGAGCACUCACGUUAUGUGUGCAAGGGCAAUGGCCACGAGCGAAUACUGCAGUCGCCCUAUCACCGUGAGUAGCUUGACGACGCUCCAAGUCAGUGCCACGGCAGCGCCAUGAUAGCCUUGCCUCACACGCUGGCACGCUAAUUUUUCACCAACCAUUUGCAGCUACUAACACCGCAGGUGCUCCUACCACCCGAGUACCUUCUGCAGAGUGAAUGGACGACAGACUAUGGGCGACGAGCUGGCGUAGUAGCUACUC